GAUUCGCGGAUAUUGCGGAAGCGAACGCGGAAUAUCGAAAUUCCCCUGACGAAGGAUGUUCUGACCUGCUUUGGAACAUGCUUCUUUGAAAAUGUUGAUAAUUUAUGAGGCCGGCGGCCCGCUCGUGGCUGCUUCGAGUCGAACCUGAAACUCGACUGAAGAAUCAUCGUGGCAGGGGGUCCUGCAAUAGUAUCUCGGCAAUUAAUGGGAACUGCAACGGCGGUUCAGAGGUGGGUAAUGAAAAGUUUGCAAGGGCUUCGAAUCCCUCAUCUCAAGGAAAAAAUCAGCCCAAUUGAACGAGCGAACGCUGGCGAUGGGCUCAACUCAACCCUCCCAAGGAGGACGGUCACACGCCUUCCAAGUGAUAUCUGACCUCCAUCUUGAAGUUGGCCGGCAGUACUCUUCGUUCGAAUUUCCCGUUAAAGCGCCGAAUCUUAUUUUUGCAGGCGAUGUUGGCUGCCUGGCGCAAUAUGACGAGUACCUCGACUUCAUUCGGAAGCAGACGUGCCGAUUCGAACGGGUGUUUCUCGUUCUUGGAAACCAUGAGUUCUACGAUAUGACCUAUGCCGCGGGCCUAGAGAAGGCGAGGGAACUCGAGAAAGAGCCUAGCCUGGAUGGACGGCUUAUCGUUCUUGACAGAACGCGCUAUGACAUUCCGGAUUCUCACGUCACGCUUUUGGGGUGCACGCUUUGGUCAAGGGUGGCUGACGAUGUGAAAGAGAUUGUGAGAUCGAAGGUUAAGGAUUAUCGGAGGAUAGAGGACUGGUCCGUCGAGGUUCACAAUUCAGGGCAUGAAAAAGAUAGUGGCUGGCUGAAAGACCAGGUCAAAGAAAUACAGCGAGGGGGUGAACAGAGACAGAUGCUGAUCGUUACGCAUCAUGCCCCGUGCUUCGAUGGAACCUCGAGUCCGCGGCAUGCGCAGAACCCAUGGACGUGCGCGUUUGCAAGUGACACGCUCCCGGAUGAAGGCUGGGCGGGCGUGAAGUAUUGGAUCUUCGGGCACACACAUUACACAACAGAGUUUACCAGGGGGGUUGUCAGAGUUGUGAGCAACCAACGGGGAUACGUACUUCCAUCGGAGUUGACGGAGAAAAGGCCAGAAAACAAGUUUGAUGUCGAAAAGGUGAUUUGGAUGUGAACAAUAUGCAGUUCAGUGAACCCGUCGCUUGUCAAUUGAAGUAUCCGAAGUAGGUACAUAUCGGAAA